UCUUUUCCUUUUCCCCUUCCCCUAUGCCACCAACCCUCCUCCCCCUUCCUCUUUGCCGCACCCCCAAUCCUUCUCCCCUUUCCCUGCACUUCACCUCGAACCCUCCUUCCCCUUCCCCGUUGCGACCCCCUCUACCACAGUCUAGCCACCACCACGUCAUCGCAAAGCCACCUUUGCAACUUCGUUUGUGCCACUGCCACCUUUGCAACUCCGCCUGCGCCACCACAAAGCCACCUCUAUAACUAUGUCCGCCCCACACUCCACUGUUGUUGAAACAAUACAAAGGAAUCAUACUUCUAUUGUUAUUUUUUUAACCCCUUUAAUAUAAUGAAAAUACGAUUACAUUGUACAACUAUUCAACAUAAUCGUGUUUUUGUUAUGUAUUUUUUAUUCAAACUCCCAUCACAUAAAGGAAACACAAUUUCAUUAUAUAGGUGUACAAUGGAAUCAUGUUUCCGUGAAAAGGAUAUUUUCAAAACAAAAAAAAAAAAGGCAUCAACCCCUUGGUAGGCACCAAUAGCAAUGACAAUGAGAAAAAUAGUAACUCCCUCCUAGAAAAGAAGAAAAGCCCAAAAACUCAUAAAGGAGAAGGUCUGAGGCUUGGGAGCUAUGGCGGCAAGGAUGUUGCAGAAGCGACUCAUUUCAAUCUUCUCAAGACAAACUCAUCACCCCAUUACUCAAGAAUCUUCUUGGUAUUCUCCUACCAGUGCAAUAUUAAACAGAUAUGGAUUCCAUCAAAGGAGGGUCACGACACAUACAAAUCCAAUCAAACCUGUUUGUGAAGAUGUAGAGAAUAAUGAAGCAGACACCUUAAAAUCAAGUCCAAACCCAGAUGAAGUUGCUACAUCUAUUAGUGUUAAUGAGACCUCUUCUAUAAAGUUUUCUGCCAAGUCCAGUUUGAAGACAUCCUCAAGGCAUGAUCUUGCUAUGGUUUUCACCUGCAAGGUCUGUGAAACAAGAUCCAUUAAGACGGUUUGUCGCGAAUCAUAUGAGAAAGGUGUGGUGGUGGCAAGAUGUGGGGGGUGUAAUAACCUUCACCUGAUUGCAGAUCACCUUGGGUGGUUUGGUGAACCAGGAAGCAUUGAGGACUUCCUGGCUUCUCGUGGAGAAGAAGUGAAAAGAGGUUCAGUUGACACACUGAACCUUACAUUGGAAGAUUUAGCAGGAAGGAAACCUUGAAAGGUACAAUUUGACCCAGUAUAUGUUCUGCAUUAGGGUGUCUCUGAGAGUUUGGAAGUGCAAGGGAGGUAACAAUUAACAAUAGUUGGUUUUGUAAACUCGGCUGUUCUGUCUAUGAUUAUGCUAAUAAUAAUAAAAAGCCACAUAUUCAAUGCACUGUUUUCUUUAUCCAUUAUUUUUGGUGCCUGCCAAAGGAAUGUUUUUAGACCA